CCUUUUCUUCUCCAGUGAAUAGUGAAGAAUCUUGCUCAACUCAGCUUAUUGAUGGGGAUGGUGCAUUCAAUGUUACUGGAAUUGAUCACUUUAUUAAGGAUGUAAAAUUGGGUGAUUGUGGGCUAUCAUAUGCUGUAGUCUCCAUCAUGGGACCACAAAGUAGCGGGAAGAGCACACUGUUAAAUCAUUUGUUUGGUACUAAGUUCAGGGAAAUGGAUGCAUUUAAAGGAAGGUCUCAAACAACCAAAGGUAUAUGGUUAGCAAGAUGUGCAGGCAUUGAGCCCUGUACUCUUGUAAUGGACUUGGAGGGUACUGACGGAAGGGAAAGGGGAGAGGAUGAUACUGCUUUUGAGAAGCAAAGUGCCCUCUUUGCCCUUGCUGUUUCAGAUAUAGUGCUAAUAAACAUGUGGUGUCAUGACAUUGGCCGUGAGCAAGCUGCAAAUAAACCACUUUUAAAGACUGUAUUCCAGGUCAUGAUGCGAUUGUUUAGUCCACGUAAAACAACUUUGAUGUUUGUCAUACGUGAUAAAACACGGACACCAUUGGAAAAUUUAGAACCCGUUCUAAGAGAAGAUAUUCAGAAGAUAUGGGAUUCUGUUCCUAAGCCACAAGCUCAUAAGGAAACUCCUCUUAGUGAAUUCUUUAAUGUCGAAGUUGUUGCUCUCUCAAGUUAUGAAGAAAAGGAAGAGCAAUUCAAAGAGCAGGUUGCUAGUUUGAGGCAAAGAUUCUUUCAUUCUAUUGCACCGGGAGGGCUUGCUGGAGAUCGACGCGGUGUUGUUCCAGCUUCUGGGUUUUCUUUUAGUUCACAGCAAAUCUGGAAAGUCAUUAAGGAAAAUAAGGACCUUGACCUUCCUGCUCACAAGGUCAUGGUAGCUACUGUUCGCUGUGAAGAAAUUGCAAAUGAAAAGUAUUCCAAUUUUGCUGCAAACGAGGAGUGGUGUGAGUUGGAGGAGGCUGUACAAUCUGGUCCAGUUUCUGGUUUUGGGAAGAAGCUCAGUUCAAUCCUUGAUACUAGUCUAUCAGGGUAUGAUGCAGAAGUUCUGUAUUUUGAUGAAGGUGUCAGAUCUUCCAAGCGAAAGCAGCUUGAAGAAAAAUUACUGCAACUUGUCCAACCGGCAUUCCAAUCUAUGUUGGGACAUAUAAGGUCUGGAACACUGGAUAGAUUCAAGGAUGCAUUUGAUAAGGCUUUGAGUGGAGGUGAAGGGUUUUCCUCAGCUUCUCUUCGCUGCUCUACGUCUUAUAUGGCUCAAUUUGAUGAAGGAUGUGCAGAUGUUGUAAUUGUACAAGCAAACUGGGACACUUCUAAAGCACAGGAUAAACUCCAACGUGACAUAGAUGCACAUAUUGCAUCUGUUCGUGCUGCAAAGCUGGCUGAAAUUACUACUCAGUUUGAGUCAAAACUAAAUGAAGCAUUAGCAGGACCUGUGGAAGCUCUCUUAGAUGGAGCUAAUAAUGAUACCUGGCCUGCAAUAAAGAAACUUCUACAGAAAGAGACUAAAUCUGCUGUCUCUGGGCUAUCUAGUGCACUUUCUGGUUUUGACAUGGAUGAAGUUGCCAAGGAGAAAAUGCUUGCAAAUCUAGAGAACUAUGCGAAGGGUGUGGUUGAAGCAAAAGCACGGGAAGAAGCUGGAAGGGUUUUGAAUCGAAUGAAGGACAGGUUUACAACGUUGUUUAGCCAUGACUCUGAUUCAAUGCCACGGAUUUGGACUGGGAAAGAAGACAUUCGAGCAAUUACCAAAACCUCUCGCUCUGCUUCCUUAAAAUUGCUUUCUGUUAUGGCUGCGAUCCGUUUGGAUGAUGAGACUGAUAAUAUUGAGAGUACACUUACCGGUGCUUUGGUGGAUUCUACAAACAGUGCUGCUUCUACCAAUAGGGAGAUUUCAAAAUAUGAUCCACUGGCCUCAAGCACUUGGGAACAGGUUCCAUCCUCAAAAACGUUGAUCACACCUGUUCAGUGCAAAUCUUUGUGGAGGCAAUUCAAGUCAGAGACAGAAUAUUUUGUUACUCAGGCCAUUUCUGCUCAGGAAGCUAACAAACGCAACAACAACUGGUUACCACCUCCAUGGGCAAUUGCUGCCAUGGUUGUCCUUGGAUUUAAUGAAUUUAUGACUCUUCUAAGAAAUCCCCUUUAUCUAGGCGUCAUCUUUGUUGGCUAUUUACUCAUGAAAGCGCUUUGGGUGCAAUUGGACAUUUCUGGUGAAUUCCGCAAUGGCGCUCUUCCCGGUCUUCUGUCCUUGUCUACCAAGCUCCUUCCCACAGUCAUGAACCUUCUCAGGAAACUAGCAGAGGAGGGGCAAGUACCUGCAACUAAUGAUCCUCCAAGAAACCCUGUCAUUCCAUCGAAGAACUACCGAAAUGGCGUAAGCACAAGUAGUGAUUUGUCAUCAAGUGCCUCAUCUGAAGUAACUUCAUCCGGAAACGGAACUGAGCAAUCAAGUUUGUCAAAAGAAGACUAGAUGAAAAGCUCUUACACAAAAGUAGCUCUACUGUGUUCAAAGAUGCAAGUGUUCUGCCCACCCUCGGUGGGGUGUGGCACUGUGUAUGGUCCACAAAUUCGAAUUCGACUCACUUUCAACAUGUGAGAGUUAUUUAUCCUCGAGGCAUUAUUUUUUUGUGGAAGUGCCGCAUACAGGGGGAGACUAAGAUUUGUUGUGAAAAAAUCCCCCAUUUAAUAGGUUAUUGAUUUUCCUUAUUGUAAGUCUUAUUUUUCCACCCAAUUUUGUCUCGUGAGUAAUGGACCACUUGUUUUUGAUUGUAUGUAACUGAAACCUGUGAUGUCCUUUUUCUUCUUUCUUAUUCAUUCAUCGAACGAUGCCUCUAACUCUGUUGAAUUAGAAACAAGGUUUGAUUUAUUGUCAUUA